AUGAUAGAAAUUACUCUGGUAUUCAUGCUGUGUUCAACUGAAAUAUUGAUUUCUGUAAAAGCAUUUAGACAAUGUGAUUGUGGCAUUCCAAAUGAAAUAUCCCCAGGGCGAUCUUCUCAUAUACGUAUUGUGGGUGGCACAAGUUAUAUCCCUCAUAAAUAUCCUUGGUUGGCUCUAUUACAAUUUAAUGGUACUUUUCUUUGUGGCGGCACGAUUGUUAGUGAUCAAUAUGUAGUGACGGCAGCUCAUUGUUUUUCGGACCCCAGAUACGAUUAUAGCUACUUAAAAGUGGUUGUUGGAGAAUAUAAUCGGUGCAAAGAGGACAUCAAAACAACAACAUUUUCUGUAAACAAAGUAAUAUAUCACCCCAAAUAUAACCCAGAGGACUUCUCAAAUGAUAUUUUGCUACUAAGAUUAAGUAUGCAACUUUCGUUUAACAAAUACGUGAGGCCUAUUUGUCUUCCAGCUUACGACAUAACGCGGAAUGUUCCUAGUAGAUAUCCAAGCCAAAAAGGUACAGUGAUAGGUUGGGGUCAGAUAGAAGAAAAUAUUAAAAUGCCUGCUUGUAUACCUCAAGAACUGACCGUACCGAUUUUGCAACCCCAACAAUGUGGUGACUCAAUUGCGCCUUCUUUAUUUUGCGCCGGAUAUCUGGAAGGCGGUAAAGAUUCAUGUCAAGGCGACAGUGGCAGCCCCCUGCAAUUGAUUAAUAAAAGAAACCGCUACGAAUUAAUAGGUGGGUAUCUAAUUCAAAAUAUGACAUAUUUAUAGAUGUAAUUGUAGGG